AUGGAGUUGCUCAAAUCAAGCCGGAUCGAGCCCAGACUGAUUCUCCAUGGUGGUGCCGGCAACAUCACGCCAGACAACCUCCCACCACAGGCGCAAAAGGAGUAUCGCGAAGCUUUGUUCGGGAUCCUGAGGAAGGCCAAUGCGAAGCUGCUCUCUGGUGCUUCGGCCCUCGACGUUGCAACGUAUGCGGUAUCCUUGCUAGAGCUCAAUCCGCUUUUCAAUGCCGGCCAUGGAGCGGUGUAUACUCGAGAGGGCAGGCAUGAGCUCGAAGCGUCAGUCAUGGUGAGCAAAGGCUACAACAAAAGAGGUGUCGGAGUGAUGCGUGUUACAAAGGCGAAGAGUCCGAUCAAGCUUGCAAGGGAAAUGCUCAUCAAGGGCCAGCUGCCGGAUGGUGGUGGAGCCCAGGGACAUUGUCAGCUUGCCGGAGAGAUGUGUGAUCAGUUGGCAGAAGAGUGGGGCCUUGAGCUAGUGAAGCCGAGCUACUUCUGGGUUCGUAAGAGAUGGGAUGAGCACCGUAGAGGACUGGGCCUUGCUCACGACGAUGAGACAUAUGAGAGAAUGAAAAGAGAGGUGGACGGGAAAUCCACUGCUGACAUUCACUGGGAUGGUAAGGAAUAUCUUCCGCAAGGCACAGUGGGAGCAGUGGCUCUGGACAGCACGGGAGCUAUCUGCUGCGCGACGUCCACAGGAGGGAUCACAAACAAGCUGCCUGGGAGAAUAGGAGAUACACCUACGUUGGGAGCGGGUUUCUUCGCAGAGCAAUGGGACGUUCCAAAGGAUCCUCCGGCCUUGAUCUCUCCGGCGCCGCUGUUUCAAAUGAGUGCAUUGCUGAGCGACUGCCUGCCGAGUAUUGCACCUCGCCUGAGCGCUGCGUCUCCUCCUUCCUUGAAUCCACAAAUAGGAUACCGAGCUGUAGGUAUGUCUGGCACUGGCAACGGUGACAGUUUCUUGAGGAUUGCAGCCGUUCGCACGGCCGCGGCAAUGGCACCACACAGCAGCGGAGUGACUUUACAGCAAGCAGUCACGGCGAUUGCCGGGCCGCAUGGCGAGCUACAGCGCUCUGCUGGUGAUCGUUGGCACAAGACCGGCGAGGGCGAAGGCGGUAUUAUUGGCUUGGAGCUAGACGCAAAUGGACAAGGGCAUGUCGUCUUUGAUCAUAACUGUGGAGGCAUGUUCAGGGCAUUCUUAGACGACGUUGGCCAGGAGCAGUUCGGCGUUUUUCAUCCGAAGUCUGGCAUUCCAUGA